CGUUUUUUCCCUCAUGAAAAUUGCCCUAUGUGUGGAAUUCAGCAUGCUGGCUAUCCGUAAAAGACGUAGAAGACCUCAGCAGGAUGCUGAAGAUAACAUCAUAUUUGAAACUGAAAAGCCUGGUCUUCAAGAGCAGUACAUCAGCAAAUAUAAAGGCCGUGGCGUUUUCACCACUGAAUCUUUCUGCAGAGGAGACUUUGUUCUUGAAUACAGAGGUGAACUUCUGAGUUCAAAGGAGAGUCUUGAACGAACUAAAAACUACACUGAAACUGAGAGCACAUUCUUGUUUGAUUUUCAGUGGCAUGGAAAAUAUUGGUGUAUGGAUGCAUCCAAGGAAGACAAGUCCCUGGGAAGACUUGUCAACGAUGAGCACAAAAAUCCAACUUGCAAAAUGAGAACUGUUGAAGUGAAGAAAAAGCCUCAUCUUUGUCUAUUUGCUGUACGAGACAUUUUACCAGGUGAAGAAAUCACUUACAACUAUGGCGACUCGGACUGGCCGUGGAGAGCCAAGUCUUUAAAUGAACCGUCAACAGAAUCCAGUGAUGUAAAAUCAGUCAGCAGUUUGGGCCCACAGAAAUCGCAGCGGUUUCAAUCAAGAAUGUCAAAGUUGCGACAACAUCAUGAAGAUUGUUAUAAUCGCUUUAAAAGAGCAGAGACUGAGAGGAAUGAGAGUGAAAAGAAACAUCUCAAGCUAUUGCAUGAUCAGGUCACUAAACAGCUGUCACAAAAGAUUGCUCGCCUUUCAUUUAGUCCAUAUGAUAUUACUUCUGAUUAUGUUUUCCAGCUGUCCCCGUCACCCACUGAAGUAUGCACAUCUGAUACACCAUCACAUUCACCACUUAAUGUGCCGCAAUCCUCAUCACCUUUGCCCUGUGCUGCAUCCACCGCAGGGAAUGGCUUAUCACAGGAACCUGAGCCUGUCUCAUUAAGGGAGUACUCAUGGAAAGCCCUCAGUGAUUCAGAUGUUACAGACUACAGCGAUGUUGACUAUGUACCCAAGAGCAGCUCAGACGAAUCAGAUGAUAGUGCUUCUGGAUAUAGCAUGGUUGAAAGUAGCUUAGAUGAAGCUAAUGAAAAGACUUCUGGAAAAGGUAUGGUCAAAAGUUCUCUGAAAAAUCCAACUUCACCUUUUUCACAAAGCUAUAAAGAUACAAGCAGUUCAUCAGACACAGGCGUGACAACACCAUCACCAAAUGCUAAAGUGCAAUGCAAAACCAAAGAGACAGACCCCUCUUCUGAAGAUAGGUCUUUUAUUCAAUCAAUGCCAUCACCUGUGCAGGAUCGCAAGUCAUAUAAGAAGCAGUAUUGUCUUUAUUGCUCUAAGCCUUUUUCAAAAAUGGCAAGACACCUUGAAUCUGUCCAUCGCAAUGAAGUGGACGUUGCAAAGGCAGUUGCGUUUCCAAAACAUUCUAAAGAGAGGCGAAUCCAGUUAAACCUCCUUAGAAAAAGGGGCAACUUUGCCCACAACACAGAUGUGGCAAGAAAUGGACAUGGAGAGAUGGUUGCCUGCUACCGUCCAAAAGAGAGCAAAAAAGCCAAGGAUUUCAUUCACUGUGUUUACUGCCAAGGGCUUUACAACAAGCGUAGCCUUUGGAAACAUUUAAAGAACUGUCCUCUGAAACCUAAAGAUGAUGAAUCCAAGGGCAGGAAAAGAGUCCGAUCACUCUGCGCUCUGAAAACUCCAGUUGGUUUAGAAGUGAGCAAAGGUUUAAAGAAUAUACUUUCCAUUAUGAACUAUGAUGAAGUUUCCCGUGUUGUUCACUCUGACUGCUGCAUCAUGCAACUGGGGGAGCACAUGUUUAAUAGGAUGGGAUCUGAUGUUAAUAAACAUGACUACAUCAGACAGAAGAUGAGAGAAGUUGGCAGACUUCUUCUUGAAGCAAGGAAGAUUACUCGGCUAAGAUCUAUGGUGGACUUCAUCAUUCCAGCAAAUUUCAAACAAGUCAUUUCAGCUGUUAAAGUUGUAUCUGGCUAUGAUGAAGAGAAAAACUGCUACCGCAUUCCCUCUCUAGCUCUCAAACUUGGUCAUUCUUUAAACAAGAUCUGUAGUAUUGUUGAGAGCAAUGCCAUGAUGUACGGAGACCAUCAACGUGCUGAGUGUGCUCGAGACUUCAGAAAAAUACACCAGGCAAGAUGGAACGAAUACAUUUCUGCUGGUGCUUUAACUACUUUAAAAGAAGCCAAGUGGAACACGCCUCAGAUCAUUCCUUUCACUCAAGAUGUCAAAGUUCUGCAUGCACAUCUGGAAAAGAAACACAAACAGUUCCUAAGCAAGCUCAGAAACUGCCCAUCGGCAAAAAGCUAUUCAGCUCUUGCUAAGGUCACAUUGACGCAAGUCAUCCUGUUCAACAGAAGAAGAGAAGGUGAGGUAUCACGAAUGCUUUUGGCAGCUUUUAAAAGCAGGGAUUCUUCUGAGCUACAUGAAGACCUAGCGAUCUGUCUUUCGGAGUUCGAGAGAAAGUUGUGUCUGCACUUCACCCGAGUUGAGAUCCGUGGUAAACGAGGGAGAAAGGUUCCUGUGCUUCUCAAGCCUUCAAUGGUUUCUGCCAUGGAGCUGCUUGUUGAAACACGUGAGGUUUGUGAAGUCCCAGCUGAGAAUCCUUUUCUGUUUGCCAGAUCAGGAGCAAUGCCUGCAUACCGAGGAGGAGAGUGCAUUUACAGAGCUGCUCAGGAAUGUGGCAUAAAGAAUCCAGAAGCACUGUCAUCAACUAAGCUGAGGAAACACAUAGCAACCAUGUCAAAAAUCUUGAACCUUGAUGAGAACGAAGCAGAUCAAUUGGCUGAUUUCCUCGGUCAUGAUAUCAGAAUCCACAGACAAUAUUACCGCUUACCGGAGGGACGCUGCAGCUGGCAAAGAUGA